AGUAAUCUUAGUUGAAUGACAAGCAAUGGUUACUGCCCUCAGAUCAUCUUCGCCUGCCUGGCCGCCGUCGCCCUCGCCCGACCUCAGAAACCCGACUCUGAGGCCGAGACCGUUUUGGACGAGAGGUCCGACAACGGCGACGGAAACUUCCAGUACACUUUCGAGACCAGCAACGGCAUCAGCUCCUCCAACACUGGCACUCCUGGAUCUGAGGGCCAGAGCAACAUGCAGGGAUCAUACAGCUUCCUCCUUCCCGACGGCACCCUCGCCGAAGUGAGCUUCAUCGCCGACGAGAACGGCUUCCAGCCGUCGUCCGACCUCCUGCCCGUCGCCCCGCCGCUGCCUGAACACGUGUACGAACUGCUCCGCAUUGCUGAAGAUCAGCGCGCAAGAGGAGUUACCUUCGAUUAAGUGGUUCCCGAUGACGUGCAACUUGACUCUUUUCAAAUUUCAUUGUAAAUACACUCUUAGUGAAGCAUGUAUGUAUCGAUUGUAUAUGCUCUCAUCUCUGUCUCUGAUUUUAUAAAUAAAGCUGUUUGAAGAUGC